UCCCCCCCCUCCCAUGGUUUCUAGCUCCUUUUUGCUUUCUGUUUGUGUUUCUGAGGGCAGUGCUCCAAUUACCUCAUAUUUGGAGAGAGGAAGCUGCAGCCAAUCCGGUUUCUGUCUGCUUUUAGGUCAAGUGAUUUCUGAACUGCAGUGAGAUGCUUUGAAUUUGUCUUGUUGCAGCUCUGAGCCUGUAAGAUGGCUGUCUGAAUCGGCAGCGGCUGGGAGAGACAGAGAGGCGGGGAGGGAGGGAGAAAGAAUUGGAGGGAUUGCCGGCAUAGUGCAUGUUUUUAAAUGUGCAUCUAAUCCGAUGAAGCCAAGGUUGGGAUUUCUCUGGGAUCCCAGGACCGGCUUAGCUGCGUUUUUGAUGAGAUUAGGAGAGGAAGGCGAUGGGAAAUUCACUGGGCUGUGUUAAGGAGCCGAAAGAUUCAAGAGCUAUUCCGGAGAAGGCUCCCAUAUCUCCUAAGAAAAGGGUUCGGUUCAAAAGGAAGUGGAGGGGGAAGAAAACCCCUACUCCAGAGGUAUCUCAUGAGGAGGAACCCUUGGAAGGAACCACAGUAAUUGAAGAGACAGAAACCCUACCGAAGUUAACAGUGAGUCUCCAAAAGGAGGAAGGAGCAGGAGGGACAGAGCACCCCACCUCGGACAUUUUACUGCCUCGGGACUCAGCCCCCAGCUCAGGGAUGGGUGCUCAGGGGAUGAUCGUGCAGGUGAAGGAGAGAUUCCAAGGGGAGAUCCAGACUGCUCACCUUUUGUUGGAGAAUGAGUCAUCAGUUGCCGGAGGGGUCUGGGAUUCCCUGCAAGAGGGGAGGACUGUCAUCGCUCACCUGCUUGAUAACCCGGCGGAAAGGAACUGUGAGAAGUCAGUGAGCCAACUGGUGGAAUUUCCGAGGACGGCGUCCUGCAACAGCAGGGCUGUGCUGCUGCCUUUGCAAGGGGAGACUGCAGUGGGGAAAGGAGGUGCUCAGCUUGGACUUCGGAGCGGCACCUUCCCCCCGCCAGACCACCCCACCGAUGCAGGGUCUCCAGACCAACUUUCAGGGGUCCAGGGUGUGGGGGCAGGAACCGCGGGUAUUUGCAGUGGCCCUCAGACAGGUGCCUGGAUUGCAGAGCCUUCUGUCCCUUCAUCACUGCCGGACCAGUCGAGAGGUCACAGAUGCACAGAACCUGCCCAUGUGGGUCGAGUGCCCCCCCAAGGUCCCAGACUGCCUACUUCUCAGAGUGAUUUAUCCAUCAGCGGCAGGACUGUGAGCGUUUUGCCCUCCUCCUCUGGCUACGGCAGUGACGGGCCACACUUACGCGGGAUCCAACCUAGAGACACAGAGCCUGAAAAGAGCUCCACAUCCUUCUCUGAAGAGGAUGGCACCCUUUCUUUGGAGGCAAGUCACACCCCACCAUGGGGUCUGGAGGAGGUAGGUGGGCUACGUUCACAUUUGGAUUCCUGGCCCUCAAACUUAUCAAAGUGGAGUGUGCUAAGAAGUGAGGAUCCUGGUGCUUCUUCGCAGACUUACCCCCAUGUCACGUACCAAGAGUUAGUGACUGGGUUUGGCAAGCGGAGUCUAUUUCAGAUCUGCCCCUUGAUGCUUGAAACCAAGUCUCGUUGUCUCUGGGGAAUCCCUGAUUCCGGGUAACCACACAGCAUAAUUGCUCGAGCUAUCUAGCGGGGUUAUCUUUCAAAGUGCAGUGCUAGGUAGUACUUAACUUUCUCAGGCAGGUCUGUUUAUGAGCAUCCCUGCUACAGGAAGUUGUAGUGUGGUGGCUGAAGGGAGGCCUAGCUGAAUCUCCUAAAUGAGUGCAGAAGGCAUAGGGAAUGUGGCAGGGGUUUGGGCCAAGGCAGCUGACCCCAGUGUGAUUGCUCUUCCCUGGAGAGUGAUGUUCUUACGAGGGCUGAUGUAAUCCUACUCCUAUGGGGACACUGCUAAUGACAAUACCCAUUCGGUAUUUGUAUAGGUGGAGAGGGCUGGUCCUCCAUGGGUUCCUAAUUGCAGCAUUAGAGGAAAGGGGCACAGAAUUAUCUGGAGCUUAACUCAGAGAGGAGGGGUUAGAAUAGUUUGAAGGUUCAAGGCUAGAAAAAGUUUGUGUUCUGGGUGGACUUGUUUAUGGCUUGAACACGUUUUUGUUGUUAUAUUGAAGGCAUAGGUGUCCGUGGUGAUGGUGGUGGGCACUGUGAAUGCUUCUAGGGUCAAGGAGUAAGUAGGAAUUCAAGAGAUUUGGACACAGUGAGGGGAAGGGGACUAGCAAGACAGUGGGCGGCACAGGAUCUUGUAUGUAAGUCUGUGAUUGUGUAGGUGACUGAAGUUAUUAAUUCACCAAUGACUAAAGAACUUUUGUUGGCAUAUCAGCUUCCUGUGGUAGAAGAAAUAAAAACUUUAGGAUCCCAGUGCAGCAAAAGGUGGAAGAAGAAAUAGGGCAUUUUCCUUGCCCAGGGAUGUGGCCUCCGUUCCGUACUGGUGCCCUGCAUAUCAAACCCAACAGCAUGAGGCUGAAUAGAGACACAAUGUCUUGUGCUUGAUCUGUGCUUAAAAUGUCCUCUUUGGGGAUGAAUUUCCUCCAUCGAUAGGCUCAUGUCAGUCCCCUUUGUUAUUAUGGAGUUUGAGGACUCCCAACAGCUGGAAGGAAAUGUGGCCAUUGAAAAUAUUUUUUAUGGGGUACCUGGGUGGUUCAGUCGAUUAAAUCUCCGACUUUGGCUCAGGUCAU